UGGAGCUGCGUGAGGCGUCAAGGUUUGCAUGAAGUAUCUGUGGAGCUCAGAGUCACUACUGUUGAGUAUAACUGGAGCUUUGGAAGUGUGAAUGCUCAAAGCACUGAGUAAUGUGAAAAUUAAAAGCUCAAUGACUGAUGUUGUUCACCAUGUCAAGAGCAAGGGAGGCCAGGAAGAGUGGAGAUGGAGACACCAAGGAGAUGCAAAAGAGACGUAAGAGCCUCUCGCUGCCCAAGGUUGAUCAGUGCGGAGAGGUUAGGCAGUCCAUUGCUGCUGAUUACGGGAGCAUCUGUGAGCAGCAGCCCAUCGGCAAGAGAUUCUUCAGAGACUUCUUAGAGACGGUGCCGGCACAUUUGGUAGCGAGGGACUUCCUGGAUGAGGUGUCAAACUGGGAGUUGGCAGAGGACAAUGUCAAGAGCAGUACCAUGGAGAACAUGAUGACCAACUUUCUUAAGACAGGCGCCAAAAACUAUCUGGCUUUCAUGAGCUCUGACUUGGUCAGCAAAUGCCAGGCAGCCACUGAGAAAGACUAUGAGAAUGUUGUCCAGCUGGCCAAGGAGGAAACCAAACUCUUCCUUCAAGGCAAGCCCUUUCAGGACUUCCAGAGCAGCCCCUUCUAUGACAAAUUCCUCCAAUGGAAAGUUUUUGAGAAGCAGCCAGUAACUGAUAAAUACUUCUAUGAGUUCCGAGUGCUGGGCAAAGGUGGCUUCGGAGAGGUUUGUGCCAUCCAGGUGAAAAAUACUGGCAAGAUGUAUGCCUGCAAGAAACUGGAUAAGAAAAGGUUGAAAAAGAAAGGUGGAGAGAAGAUGGCACUACUGGAGAAAGAAAUCCUGGAGAAGGUCAACAGCCCUUUCAUAGUCACAUUAGCUUAUGCCUAUGAGAGCAAAAGCCAUCUGUGUCUUGUCAUGAGCCUCAUGAAUGGAGGGGAUCUGAAAUACCACAUCUACAACGUGGGAGAAAGGGGUAUAGAAAUGAACAGGGUAAUCUAUUACUCAGCUCAGAUCACCUGUGGGAUUCUGCAUCUCCAUUCCAUCAAGAUCAUAUACCGGGACAUGAAGCCAGAAAACGUCCUCCUGGAUGAUAAUGGUAACUGCAGACUCUCUGAUCUUGGAUUGGCAGUGCAAGUAAAAGAGGGAAAAACCAUCACUCAGAGGGCUGGGACAAAUGGUUAUAUGGCUCCGGAAAUCCUGAAGGAAGAAAAUUACAGCUAUCCUGUGGACUGGUUUGCUAUGGGAUGUAGUAUUUACGAGAUGAUUGCUGGGCGAACACCAUUCAAGGAUUUCAAAGAAAAGGUCGGUAAGGAUGAGGUUAAAAGAAGAACUCUGGAAGAUGAGGUGAAAUUUGAACAUGCCAGCUUUACAGAGGAAGCAAAAGACAUUUGCCGACUGUUUUUGGCUAAGAAAACAGAGGAUCGUUUAGGAAGCAGAAAUGAAGAUGAUGACCCAAGAAAACAUAGCUUCUUCAAAACAAUAAAUUUCCACAGGCUAGAGGCAAACCUUAUUGACCCUCCAUUUGUGCCAGAUCCAUCUGUUGUCUAUGCCAAAGAUGUUGCAGACAUUGCUGACUUCUCUGAAGUACGAGGAAUUGAGUUUGAUGACAAAGAUAAGAAGUUCUUCAAAAAGUUUGCGACAGGUGCUGUCCCGAUACCCUGGCAGGAAGAAAUUAUUGAAACUGGACUGUUUGAAGAACUGAACGAUCCCAACAGAGUAGAUUCUGGGGGUUAUGCAAAUGGUGGUGAAGCUAAGUCAGGAGUUUGUUUGUUGUUAUAAAUAACAGGUCAUUAACAAAAAGAGUAGAAACAACCUCAGAACUUUCCAUAUUCUCAAACAGUUUCAGAAACUCACUGCAUCUGUUUAAGAAGAACCAAUCAGUGUAAUAUGACAUCGACAGGCUAUGUAGACCACCAGCUUUAUAGACUAUAUUAUUUUCCUUUGUUUUAGCAAAGGGGAUAUUUUUGUUUUGUUGUAGACUUACCAAAAUGAAGAACCAUAUUUCUCUAAAAACACUUAAAAUGAUAGAAAUUCUGACAUACCAAAAGCAAUAAUAGAGUGAAGAGGCAACCCCUUUUGAAAAUGACUGACUGUUCCAUUUUGGAUACAAUCAUUUAUUGGUUUUCUUUCUAUUUUCUUGUUAUUUCUACUAAUGUUUUCUCUUCGUUGUAAAGUUUUCAGGACAAAUUUUUUAAUUUUCAAGGAAUAUUCUCAGUUAGACAAUGGAGCUCAUAUACCAUGUCAAACUUGGAAUCUUACUGCCUAGCCAGUCUGUCUGUUGUUUUUUUAAUUUCUGAUAGUUUUUGAAUGGUUUGGUUGUCAUAAAAUGUAAAAGAAGGCUCUACAGAUCACUAGGAAAUGAGACUGCCAGGAUCAAACUCUUCUUUUAAAGCUGAUUUUAACAAAGUGAAGAUAAGAUUGGACCAAUAUAAUUGAAUAAAGCAUCUAUUUAUUAUUAUUAUUUUGUUUUAAGUUGUAAUACCAUAUACAAAGAAAAUGUAUUUAUAAGUGAAUACACAUUCUUUUUGACAAUCAAUUUCAACCUUUUUCAGGUUUCCUGAUAGUAUUUCUGUAUUUUGGUGAUAAAUUAAACUGUAAAUAGACUAAAGCAAUUUGUAACUGGCUUUUUACAA